AUGCUUCAUGCUCCUUGGGUCAAACCUUGUAUUGAGCGAAGCACAAGCUUGUCCACCGUGAACUUUGUUUUGUCUACCUUUCAGAACACGAUCUCGACGUGGAAGAAAUGGUCAUCGGGAGAGUCGGGGCCUGGCGGUCGGAUAUCAGGGUCCGUUUGCGGAUUAGAUCCCAAGUUUUGUGAAGCACCGCGUUCGAUAGCACCUCAUGAAUGGCCGGAUGACAUCACAAAAUGGCCGAUCUGUCGCAAAUCAGUUCUAGACGGAUCUGCGGCCGCUGGUCGGGCAGGUCACGCGCAGAACAUAUGGCCUGUGAGGUCAUUGGCCAUCCCUGCUGUAUAGGAGUCCACGGGCAAUGCGUCAUCACUACUAGGGAACACUGUGACUUCGUAAAGGGUUAUUUCCAUGAAGAAGCGUCAUUGUGUUCACAGGUAUCUUGUCUUGACGACGUUUGCGGCAUGCUGCCUUUCAUGCGGCGACGUCGACCGGACCAGCUGUACCGCGCGUGGACGUCUUUAUUUGUCCACGCUGGUUUACUGCACCUGGCAGCCACGCUGGCGCUGCAGUGGCUCUUCAUGAGGGACCUGGAGAAGAUGGCCGGGCCAGUUAGGAUAGCUGUCAUAUAUUUAGGAAGUGGGGUCGCCGGGAAUAUGGCAUCUGCCAUAUUCGAACCUUAUAGAGCGGAGGUGGGGCCAGCUGGAUCACAUUUUGGUUUACUGGCAUGUCUAAUAGUAGAAGUAAUAGGGGCGUGGCCUCUCCUGAGGCAUCCGAAACGAGCAAUUUUAAAACUAGUCGGUAUAGCCAUAGCGUUGUUCCUCCUGGGUCUUUUACCCUGGAUUGAUAACUUCGCGCACGUAUUCGGCUUCGUGUUCGGAUUCUUACUAGCGUAUGCGUUACUGCCAUUUAUAACAUUCGGUCCUUACGAAAGACGAAGAAAGAUCGCAUUAGUGUGGGUCUGCAUGGUGUCGGCGGGCGGGAUGUUGUGUGCGCUGGUCGCGUUGUUCUACGCGGCGCCGGCGUACGAGUGUGCAGCGUGUGCGUACUUUACGUGCUUACCGUUCGCGCCGGACAUGUGCGCGUCGCAGGACGUGCGCGUGCGUCAGCUGGACGGGGUAUGA